AAUUACUGUAGUUCAUUUGUGGCACCAGCUUGCAAUGGACGGUGACACGGUCACACCCGAGUCGCAUGAGCUACGCAUCCCUGUGGACGACACAGAUGGUGGAACUGAACAUGAGGGACAGCAGACGGCCCAGACGGAGAAGAACGACGGUGAAGCCGAUGGUGGGAAGCCGAUGGCCCAUCCCCCUGCAGACGUCAACCUGAACUUCAACUCGCUCUAUGAGGAGGUGUCCAGUUUAAUGGUUCAGCUGCAGGCAGCACAUCGGCUUUUGCAGGAAGCUCAUCAGAAGGACAUUUCGCGACGAAGGAAGAAGCUGCGACCGCCCAGGGAGCCCAAGCGUAGGAGGAGUUUGAGCGAGACUGAAGAUGUCAAUGCAGCGAAUACAGUGGUCGAGGACAAGCCCCGCCACAAGCAUGAGCACAGUGGAGCCGGACGCUCUUCGACAGUUGCAGGAGAUACGUCGUCUUCAGAUGAAGGAGGUGAAUGUUGGUUGAAGAAAUGCUGCAAGUCAUAUGAAAAAAGAGUCCGGGACACCUACAAGGAGUUCUGUCCAGAACCGGGGAUGCAGGAUGAGAACGAGAAGAAGGCGAAAAAGAAGCAGGAGGAGCAGCGGUUGAAAGACACAUGGCGAGCACGAUCUGCAGACCGCUUGGGACUACACUGGCUACAUAUGUUGGGGGCUUUUGCAGACAGCUUCGCCUUCAAGGUGCUAGCCAAGCGGUUAGGUCUUUAUACUGCUGUUUAGAACAGGCCAAGCACAGAUUUCAUCGCAGACAUUGCACCAGUAUGAAGAAUCCUGGCAAGUAACAUCAAGUAACGUUUGCAAGAGAUGCCGAAAACAAACAAUAGCAAAGGGUGAAUCAAGAGAAGGCUUCGUACCAAGUGCGUUUAAAAUUUUCCGCGACGGGUACCAAGUGCGUUUAAAAUUUUCCGCGACGG